CUUAAAAGACUUAUAUUUAGGAACGGAGGGAGUAAAACAUAACAAAAUUGUGUUUUGAGUCUUAGUAAUACGAUAGCUAGGGUUCUACGCUACGCUAGAUAAUUUAGGAAUUACAACUUGGUGUGCCCUCGGACCUCUGCGGCGCGUGACUUUAAGCCAUGUCCAGCUCACAACGGUAAGAAACAGAAAUGUAAAUAACAGUCACAGUACAUCAUAGUAUAACUGGGUUUAAACUCACUGAUGAAACGAUGAGGUUCCAUCCGAGCCGUUGAACCAUCUUGAAACAACAUCGUGCAAUCCCAGCCGUUGCUUAACUGAAUCUCUCUCAUCUGUCGUCUGUCUUCAGUAGUUCCUGGGUUCAUGUCCUGACACAAGCCCUCUCUGCUCAAUACAGAUCAGCAGUUGCUGCGCCGCCGCUGAAGCUCCCUUCUCCCAGUGCGAUUUCUCUCUCCCAUGUCCCGGCCGCUCUACAACCUCCGGCGACGCCUCCUCCCAUCACGCUCGCACCGCCUCUCCACCACCUCCUCCACUCCGGCAACCCCCGUGGCCGUCCUCUGGGACCUGGCCGCCUCCCGCCCGCCCUCCAAACUCCCCCUCUACGACUCCGCCGUCCGCCUCCACCUCGCCGCCUCCUCCUUCGGCCGCCUGCGUUUCUCCGCUGCGUUCCUCCACCCCUGCCACCGGCUCCCCGCCCCCGAUCCGUCCGCCGACGCCACCAAUCUCUGCCGCGUCUGCGGCCGCCGCUUCCGCGCCCGCGACGCGCUGCUCCGCCACUUCGACACCAUCCACACCCGCGAGCACGCCAAGCGCCUCGAACGAAUCGAAUCCUCCCGCGGCGACCGCCGUGUGCGCCUCGCCGCGUCCCUGUCUCUCAAGCUCUCCAAGUACAGCAAGGCCGCCCGCGAGCUCACCGCCGGCGUGAACCCCGGCUCUCCCGCGGACGAGCUGCGCCGAGCCAGAGUUCACGCCGAGCUCUCCAGGUACCCGUCGACUGCCCUCCGGGAGCGCGCCCAGGAGGUGCUCGACGAUGGGUCCGUGGGGUGCCUGAUGCUGGUCUCGGGGCGGGAGGAGCUCUCCCCUCUGCUGCGACUGGCGAGGGAGAAGGGCGUGCGGUCGGUGGUGGUUGGCGGCGAGUCAGGGCUGGCAAGGUGGGCCGACACAGGCUUCACCUGGGCGGAGGUGAUCGCCGGGAAGGCCAGGAAGGCAGCGCCGUCCAUGUCCGGGAAAUGGCGCGACAGGGACGUGCUUAAGAGGCUGGAGUGGAGGUAUGAAGGUGACGAGGAGGAAGAUGUGGUGUUUGAGGAGGACGGCGACGGAGAUGGUUCAGAAGAGCUGGCGGGGAGUGCAAACGGAAAGCCAUGGUGGAAGCUGGAAUCAGAUGGCGAGGACUCGUCACCUUGCACAUAAAGUGUUUGUUCAUUUGCUGCUUGGGGGUUGGGAUACUUCAGAGUUCAGACGAAGUGUGGAUUGUGCUACACCAGUGGUACCAUCAGAUCUUUGCACAAUAAUCCGUUUGCAUGUGCAAGGAGUAGUAGUUCAAUCGAAGUUCUACGCUAGGUAGAGCUUUUGCUUUAGAUCAUUUGAACUCUCUCUGAACUUGUGUAAGAUAUGAGACAAAAUCACUGUUCUAAUUUUAUUAGUAAAUAUGGACACAAAAUA